AUGUUUGUCGAGCUUCCCGUCGAACUCGAGGGCAAAAUCUUUGAGCUAGCCUUCUUGCAGAAUCCGCUGGACAUUCUCUCAUUGCUGCUCGUCUGCAAGCGCAUAUACACAUGGAUUGAACCUUUGCGCUUCCGGACGGUCAGACUGAACGAUUCUGCUCAUUCACAUGCAUUUAUGUCCGAACUACGCUGCAAGCCCGCCGCCUACUUCGAGCGACACGUUAAAUCUCUCAUGCUCGAGUCUGACUUCAAAUGGACACUUGAUGAUGUCUGCGAAAUUAUGGGCAAGUGUCAGGGUAUUAUACACUUCGGGACGACGUACCGCUUCAACGAGCCCAUACUACUGGGCAUGUUGGCUUCCAUGCGAGUCAGGAGUCUGACUCUUAGUCUGGGGCCGUUGUUCGCGUUUGUCCUCAGACCUAUCGAUUCUGGUCACGCAGCACUGGCCCAUACCACCCACCUUGUCCUCCACGACAAGCUUCUGUCCGGAGAGCUACUCUUACAGCGGGUUCAUGACGCGCUGCCUGGGCUUCCUGCAUUAACACAUCUGCGGCUGAAGCUCCACUAUCGAAGCCAGUUCCAUGAUUUCGCGAUGCUGCUCAAAUCCUGUCCUCGACUGCAAAUCCUUCUUCUCAACAGUGACAGUAACAACUCCCUGGCAUGGACCCACCUCACAUUCUCGGACCCCGACCCCCGUUUGGUUGUGAGCCGAGAACCGUUCGCAUAUUCUGACUUUUGGAAGGAUUGGGAGGUCAAGGCUCGGGGUGGAAUCGAUUUAUGGGCCAGGGCAGAAGAUUUCGUGGCUCAGAAACGAGCUGGCUUGGUGGAAAUGACGGAUAUAUGGCUCCCGUCCGAGUCAAUCUAA